CUGGCCCCCACUCAUGCCCUCAUUACUCAGCGCAUGUAUACGGGUAAUCCGAUUAUCUUUCUUCCCCCCACCUUACAUCUGCGCAUGUGCAAGAAGGCAGCCGGGAACAGAGAGAGAGAGAGAGAGAGAAAAAAAAACUGCCCCGGAAACAGAUUUAUUCAGCACCACAGGUUUCAUUUAACGUUAUCACUAGGGAAAAUGGCGACAAAGCAGCAUUUUUGGAGUGAUAGUGAGACAACAUUUAUGCUGGACGAAAUGAAAGAUUUGAAUAUUCUGCAGCUUCUCGACGGGAGGAAAUACAGGAACGGUGACAUAUUUAAGAAGCUAUCAGAUAAGAUGGCCUUGGCAGGGUAUUCACGGAGUGCGGAGCAGAUCCGCAGUCGCUGGAAAGUCUUGCGCCAGGCUUAUUUCAGAGCCAAGAGGCACAGCAGCAGUGGGGUAAGUCCGGUGGACUGCCCCUAUUUCGAACCACUUGAAGAUCUUUUAGGUCCCAUCCACUGCUCAACCACCGAGGGAAGCGGAGUAGAUGUAGGCUUGCAGGAGCUAACGCCAAGCCAAACAGCGGAGGACGUGGCCUCGUCGCUUUCAUCACCAGAGUGUGUUGAAGACGCGGACACACGAGAGAUCCAAGUGGAAGUUGAAUCUGCCCACUUCAUACAAUCAGCACCUCAGCCACGUUCCCCAAGUCAGUCAGUUAAACCUACUUAAAUGUAUUCAAAGAUCAUCAAUGGUCAUCUUUUUUUUUAAACCACUUUAAUUCAUGUCCACAAAGCUAUUUCUGUUUAAAGAGCAAAAUACACUAGGCGUCCAGUCAACCUACCUCCCU